GCGCGCCGGCGUUGGCGCGGGCGUUCGAACCGGCGCUUGGCGGCGUUGCCAUAGGGAUGAGGCCUGGCCGCCACCUCAAGCUCGUGAGUUGAUGAGAUAUCUCUGUCGCCGGCCUUGGAGCUAACUCCUGUUGGCGUCGUCUUCCCCUGUCCUUAGACAGGGUUGACCGUGGAGGAAUUUGGAAACCUCCGAGCUCUCCCCUUUCUUCAGCGAUUAUCUUGACCGCCACUUCUCCCACGAAGCUUUUUGUGAGUCUCGAAGUUCUGCUUUUGAACCCAUAGGCCUGAUUGGAACCUCUCUUAGAGCGCUUCUAUUCCUCCUUGAAUUAUUUGUGUACUUCUGCGCACCCCAUUCUCCUCCCUUCUCCCAUGUAAUUCUGAGGUCUUUAAGGCAAGAGUUUAUAGAAACCUAUUCAGGAAAAUGACAUCCUGGUUGUAUGAAUGUCUUUGUGAAGCUGAACUUGCACAGUAUUAUCCUCAUUUUACUGCCCUUGGCCUUCAGAAAGUAGAUGAAUUAGCCAAAGUUACAAUGAAGGACUACUCCAAAUUGGGUAUCCGUGACAUGAACGACCGCAAACGUCUCUUCCAACUUAUCAAAAUCAUUAAGAUUAUGCAGGAAGAAGACAAAGCACUCAGUAGCCCAGAGCACCCUCUUCAGACAAGCAGCCUGGACAUCAAGCCUCUGGAACCCAGAUCUGGACCUCGCAGGCAACUGCAUUUUGAUUCUCCUUCUGACAUCAAAGACAGAACUACCAGCAACUAUGGGUUUGAACUGUGCAAUAUACCAGAUUUUUCUACAAAUGAGCAGAAGUCCAGUUACCUAAAAGUGCUGGAGCACAUGCUACCAGAUGAUUCCCGGUACCAUACAAAAACAAGAAUUCUGAAUGCCACAGCUGCUGGUUCCUGUGUGCAAACAGAAACUAACACUUCACUCUUUUCAUCAAAUCACUUUUCUCCAAUAUUGGGGGAUUGUGAUAUUCCCAUUAUUCAAAGAGUUUCUCAUGUUUCAGGGUAUAACUAUGGAAUUCCUCAUUCUGGUACCAGACAGAACACUUCAGAGAAAGAGAAUCCUUGGACUGAGAUGGAGAAAAUCAGAGUUUGCGUUCGAAAACGCCCUCUGGGCAUGAAGGAGAUACGUCGUGGAGAAAUUAAUAUUAUUACUAUAGAAGACGAAGAAACUCUACUUGUCCAUGAGAAGAAAGAAGCUGUUGAUCUCACACAAUAUAUUCUGCAGCAUGUCUUUUAUUUUGAUGAAGUUUUCGGUGAGGCGUGCACCAAUCGGGAUGUAUACAUGAAGACUACUCACCCACUCAUUCAGCAUAUUUUCAAUGGAGGCAAUGCCACUUGCUUUGCGUACGGACAGACCGGUGCUGGAAAGACCUACACCAUGAUAGGAACUCACCAGAAUCCAGGACUGUAUGCUCUGGCUGCCAAAGAUAUCUUCAGGCAACUUGAAGUGUCCCAGCCAAGAAGGCCCCUCUUUGUGUGGAUCAGCUUCUAUGAAAUCUACUGUGGACAGCUCUAUGACCUCCUGAAUAGAAGAAAAAGACUCUUCGCAAGAGAAGAUAGCAAGCACGUGGUACAGAUAGUGGGACUGCAUGAACUUCAGGUGGAGAGUGUGGAGCUCCUCUUAGAGGUGAUCCUGAAGGGCAGCAAGGAGCGCAGCACCGGGGCCACUGGCGUUAAUGCGGAUUCCUCCCGCUCCCAUGCUGUCAUCCAGAUUCAGAUCAAAGAUUCAGCCAAGAGGACAUUUGGCAGGAUUUCUUUCAUUGACUUGGCCGGCAGUGAAAGAGCAGCAGAUGCCAGAGACUCAGACAGACAGACAAAGAUGGAAGGUGCAGAAAUAAACCAGAGUCUUUUGGCUCUGAAGGAAUGUAUCCGGGCAUUAGAUCAGGAACACACCCAUACUCCCUUCCGGCAAAGCAAACUAACUCAGGUCCUGAAAGACUCUUUCAUCGGCAAUGCCAAAACCUGCAUGAUCGCUAACGUCUCACCAAGCCACGUGGCCACUGAGCACACUCUGAAUACCUUGCGCUAUGCUGACCGGGUCAAAGAACUAAAGAAAGGCAUUAAAUGUUGCACUUCAGCUGCCAGUCGAAAUCGGACAUCUGGAAAUUCUUCUCCAAAACGAAUUCAGAGUUCCCCUGUGGCUCCGCCAGGGGACAAGUGUUCUCCCAAAGAAGUCAAGCUGGGGCUUCAGCAGUCGCUAACAGUGGUAUCUGGUUCCACGAGAGGGAAGGCCCAUCCUCUAGCCAGCCACCCACCCAACGUUCCUUUUGCUUCUGUACCCAAAGGCCCCGGUAAAAGGAGUGUCUCCAGAGGGAGUCCUCCCCAAGAGUGGGUCAUUCAGACGAGCCCUGUCAGAGGAACCGUGCGGUCUGGACACUUCGCCAAAAAAAGGGCAGAAGAGUCAUCUUCAUUGUGCUCUGAGAAAAAUCAAAUCGGCAACCAAACUGCCCUCGGGUUGGGCACCAGGGCCCCUGGCCCAGGACACGACCUGGUGCAGGGUAAGCUGCCCUCCAAGUGCAAGAAAGUGCAGACUGUGCAGCCAGUGCAGAAGCAGCUUGUGUCACGAGUUGAGCUCUCCUUUGGCAAUGUCCACCUCUUAGCAGAGGACGGUCAGGGCAGCCAGGGGGGCACAGCUGCCAGGCCUGCUUCGGAAGCUUGGACAAACAUCCCUCCACAUCAGAAGGAAAGGGAGGAACAUUUGCGCUUUUAUCACCAGCAGUUCCAGCAGCCACCUCUCCUCCGACAGAAGUUAAAGUACCAACCACUGGAAAGGCUUUUGUGCCAGUACAGGCCCCAAGAGGGGCAACUCCAGAAUGAGAUCCCUCCUCCCUUCCGCUUGUAUUCUGAGAGCCAUGAUGGAACCCAAGCCGAGGACUUUGAUGACAGCGAUUUCAGUGAAGACUCUUUUUCACAUGUCUCCAGUCAGAGGACCACAAAGCAGAGAAGCAGCCUGGAGAAUAGUGAAAGCUCAUUCUUCCUUCAUCAAAGGGAACAAGGUCCCGAGGAGCAGGUGGCCAAAAGGCAGCAGAAUCUGUUUAGCCCCAGGUCAGAUGGUGACGAGAAGGAUCUAGCUGGAAGCUGGAUGUACUCCAGGGACCCUGCAAGCCACAGAAGAGCCACCCUUGAUCACAGCUACAGCCCAAAUAAGUUGCCCUUGGACCAGAGCAGAGAGGAGGACUCUACCUCCUCAGGGCCUUCUCCCAGAGACAACCUGGCAGAGCAGCCUUCCUGCUCACAGGUAGACUUCAUAAAUCAUCAGGAAAGCAGCUGCAGCUCAGCCUUUGAUCUCAGACAGGAUGCUUUCAGAAGUGACGUUCCUGGGCGGGCUGAGGGCAGCUGGCCAUCCCUGGAGGAAGAUGGUUUCACUUUCUCACUAUCCCUUAUUGCAGUUCCUGGAUCCCCAGACCAAAGAGACGCAGUCAGCACACCUCUGAGAGAAGUCAGCGACGAUCGCCCAGAGGUGGCAACCAGAACAAUGAAAAACAGUAAUCCUUUCCAAGAAGACUCGAGAGAAGAAUUGGGCACAUGCUCUGAAAAUGCUUCUGGACUGAUGGCUCCCCUCACUGUCUCUCUCCUGGAGAGCCCAGACCAUGAGGGGCCUCCCUGGAAGCCGCCGGCCCAGGAUGGGACUGUACACAGUCUCGUGGCAGCGAGCACAGCACGGCCAGCUGUGGGCCACACAGUACCAUCUGGUGACCAAGAGGCAGUCCUGCCAAUGUCUUCAGCAGCAGGGCACUUGUGGCUCUCGUCAUCUCCCCCUGACAAUAAGCCCAGUGCUGAUCUGCCACCGCUGUCUCCAUCACCCAUCCGUCAGCAACCCACUGACAAGCUGCCCACCAGGGAGGCUGACUUGGGGAAGGCCUGGCAGAGCAGAGAGACCGCACUCUUCUCCCAGGAACCCGUGGCUGGUGAGCAGUGUGCUGCUGCUGAGGAGACAGAGCUGGGCGGCUCCCAGGGCUUCCCAGCAAAGCCCUUCUCCACCAUGCAUACUGGAGGACCCCACUCUGGGCCUACACCCACCCCGCAAACAGGAGGUAGUGAUGUCGCUGACCAGUCCUGGGCCCAGGAGAAAAAGCAUCUGGUGGGGCUCAGCUGGCAGGAGCCGGGUGUGUCCACAGAUCCCGGCAAGUUGUCCUGCUACAAUGAGGACAUCGUGUGGCUCAAACGCAGGCCGCUCCAAAGGUGCUUAGCAAGGCCAGCCUCUCCCCUGGCCCUCAGCUGCUCUCCCAAGACUGCCGGGGCACUCCCGCAGCCCACCCUGGGGCAUGCACAGCAGGUGGUCAUCCGGGCACACCAGGAACAGCUGGAUGAAAUGGCUGAGCUGGGCUUCAAAGAGGAGACCCUGAUGAGCCAGGUGGCUCCUAAUGAUUUUGAAGAUUUUGUGACCCAGUUGGAUGAAAUCAUGGUUCUGAAAUCCAAGUGCAUCCAGAGUCUGAGGAACCAGCUGCAGCUAUACCUGGCCUGCCACAGGCUGUCCGAGGCCCCCGAGAGGACAGUGGUAUCUUAGAGCAAGAGCCAGUGUGGGGUGGUAGCCUCGGGCUGGAGGGGCUUCUGCCAGGUUCUCCUGCAGAUACCAGAACCCACAUGCUGGUGCUGUCCACGCUAGCCUCUCCACAGUCACAUGGGGUCUGGGCUGGGCCCCAGCUUCUCUCGGGGCCAAGCCUCUGCCCCUCAUUUCUAAGCAUGGGAGCAUCUUAAUGUCCCCCUCCCUUUUUUGGGGAGCUGGAAGAGAAUUUGUCUUACUGACCCCUUGUCUGUGGAAACACACUUGGGUCCAAUAACCCUGCAGAUGUUUCUGAAUUUGGGGAUUAGAGGAUGGGUGGUUAGUAACCUAGAGGUCAGGUCACAAGCUGGGGAAGAUAACAUGCUGAACCCAGGAGCAUCAUCAGCUGAAUUCUGUGCCUUCAGAACUUGGCCAAAAACUGAAAUAUUGGUGCUAACGGGGCAGCAGUGGGGUGAGCUCUGCCCCAUCAUUUGGGGCUUUAAGUUAGCUUUUGAAAUGUAAAAUGAAUAAACCUUGACUUGAUGUGUCUUUAACAGCAUAUGUGGGGAAGGGCUUUAUGCGUCCAGUUCCCCUCCCUUCCUGUAAUUCAAUCUUGAGACACAAGAGGGCGCCCACGUCACUGCCUUAUUCUUUUCCCAGCUCAGCCUCCGGCUGGGAUGAUCAGCCUGUCCCAAGCCCCAGCAGCCCUCACACUCCUGUGUAAGUCCCGGGCUCCUUUUGAGACUCCUCACCCACCAGCGCGCACCUGGAAUAGUUGAAGAGCUAGACGAUCUCAGGCAAGUGCACCGCUUAGCCUCACCUUCACCCAGGACCGCCCUGGCCGUCCACUUCCCCUCUCAAGGGCCUGUGUGUGUUCGGUAUCUUGGCAUUGAAUGUUCUAGUCAAGUCUGAGACUGAAGCAGAAUUUUUACACACACAUGUGAACACGUCUUCACGUGAGUUCUGCUUGCUGUCUAUCUUUAGCAGGGAGAAGCUUAAGACCAGAAAUACAAAGUGGUCUCCAGGUGACCCAUCAUUUACCAAGCCACCCUGGGUCAAAUUGAGAUUCACGUGCCACAGCCUUGGCCCUGAUGCCCAUAAUGCUGUGAAACUUUCCUACAGGUAAAAGGUAACUCUUUUUAAGAUUUUAAAAGUAGGGCUUAAAGGCCAGAAGAGGGGCUAACUGGCUGAGACUGCAGCCCUGCCACCCUUUUGUCAACUUUCGUUGACAUGCCUGAUCUGACCACCAGAGGGCAGCCUCUUUCCACCUUGGUGCGUCCAGGCCCAAAGGCUCUGCGGUCCCACAAGUGAUCACUCAAAGAAACCCACCUCCAGCCAAGAACACAACAGGGACACGGGGCAGAGUUAGUAUAAGGACAAGAAACUUGAAGGAUUCAUUUAGCAGAUCCCACCCACAGCAGCCCUGAGGGCUGGUGGAGCAGUGGGAUCCAGUCCCGCCUGUGGCACUGGUGCUACUCACAGUAAGAGCGACUUCCUCAUUUCUGGGCGAGGCCCCCUAAGACCCAGUCUGUGUCAUCGCAACAGGCAGUGUCACAGGAAGGCCUGUGUCCUUGGCCCAGGGACCAAGCCAGUUCAGGUUUAAAGAGACCUUCGUCUAGGCCUACCUUUACAAACCAGAAAUCAGGGCAAACUUGAGGCCAGCUCCUGCCCCACAGGCCUAGAUGAGAAGAAAGUAUCAAACUGACAGGAAAUGCUUAGAUCCUGGUUCAUCCCCAGCAACUCUAAGCAGGAAGUCCCUUCACCACCCACCUGCCUCCACCCCUCAGUAGA